AGGCGCUGAAGUGUUUCUUUGCUUUCUCUUUACCGCCUUUAUCUCAAGCAUUUCUCCUUCCGUCCUCCAUACAAUUCAGAAUGUUAUCCGGAUUGUCCUUUUACGCGACACAUGUCUCUGAAUUCUUGCCCAAGCGAUGGAUUUUCGCCUACAAGGACCUCCGCGAACCCCAUGAGGUCGAUUAGAAUGAUCCAUCAUAUAAUGGCUUACCUUCUUCCCGCUUCGCAAGACUAACACGAGCGUUUCAAAGUAGCACUGCACAGUGCACUUGCUCAGCUGUUCUCAUCCGUCUCCUAUAUCUGACUGUGGACUGUGGACUGCCAAAUGUCUGCAACUAUUUCGACACCAGUUACCGAACUGUUCGGGAUCAAACAUCCUGUCGUCCUUGCAGGUAUGGACCGUGCUGCAGGGUCAGACCUCGCAGCAGCUGUGACGAACGCAGGUGGUUUGGGGGUCAUUGGGGGAUACGGCUUCACACCAAAUGGUCUACGGACCAUUAUCCGGGAUAUCAAGGGACAGAUGAAAGACCCUAAUGGUCCCUUCGGUGUUGAUUUACUUAUCCCGCAAGUAGGAGGGAAUGCUCGGAAGACAAAUGCGGACUACACCAAAGGUCAACUUCCCGCGCUCCUUGAUGUGAUCAUAGAGGAGAAGGCGAAGCUAUUCGUAUGUGCGAUAGGCGUUCCACCCAAAUGGGCCGUCGAGAAAUUGCACGCUGCUGGUAUACUCGUCAUGAACAUGGUCGGCCAUCCGAAACACGUCCCUAAAGCAAUCGCUUCAGGUGUGGAUCUCAUCUGUGCCCAGGCAGGUGAAGGCGGGGGACACACCGGGGAGAUCCCCGCUAGUAUCCUUGUUCCCGCAUGCGUUGAUGCCGCUCGUGGACACACGUCCCCACUAACGGGCAAACCUAUCUACGUCCUUGGUGCAGGUGCUAUAUAUGACGGUCGUGGACUGGCGGCGAAUUUAUGUUGGGGCGCUCAAGCUGUAUGGGUUGGGACGAGGUUUGUAGCGAGCGAGGAGAGUUGUGCGGCUAGGAUCCAUAAGGAGUUGCUUGUGAGCGCAGGUUUGGAUGGGAUGAUUAGAACGGAGGCUUUUUCGGGUCGGCCUGUGAGGCUAAGGAGGACACUGUAUUACGAUGAUUGUGUCUUGAAUACAGGGAGCAAAACCGUAAAGAGGAGAUGAAGUCCCUCGUCUCUCAAGGCAUCGUUCCACGAAGUCACGACCUCGAGCUGCACCCUGAGAAGCUUCAAGAGAGUCAACCGUAUGCCAUGGGUCUAGUUGCUGCACUCAUCAGAGACAUCCUGCCUGCGAAGACGAUCGUUGAGAACAUGGUUCUUGAUGCUGCUGCCAUUCUUCAGGAACGAUCUGCGAAUAUCAAAUUGCAGGCGAAGCUUUGAUAAUUGAUGUGUAUAAGCUUGAUGUGCUUCAUGUAUAACAUGUAUAAUAUGGUGUAUCUGAAUAACCGUGGUAUGCUCUGCGUCUCUU